UAGUUUCGCAAACGUCAGGAUGUUUUGUGAUAAAAAGCCAAUUAAUAAUUUUGAAAGACAGACAGCUGAUGAUGCUGAAACAGAGUCGACCCUUCCUCCUCUCCUCUACAUUACAUGAGAUGAGCAUCUGCUCGCAUUAAUUUCUGAGCUUCAUCCAUCUCCCCAUAACUUAUACGAAGAUGAUCCCUACAACCACAACAUCCCCAACAAGCAUAAAGUCCAUGGAAGAUGUGUGGAAAGACAUAAGCCUUGCUUCUCUUUCUCAUGCUAAUGACCACAACGAUCACUGCCCUCCGGCUGCUGCUGCUGCUUUUCGUGGCAUGAUUUUUCAAGAUUUCUUCACUACUUGUGCUUCUUCCAACAAAGACAAGGGCCGACCACCACCUCAACCAACAAUUGCAGCACCAACCACUGUUCUCAGCAUGAAUUCCGAUAUUCAACUCCUUCCUGAAAGCACUAUUAGUACCGCUCCUGCUCCUCUAUUGAAGCACCCAGUUAACCCACAACUUUUGCAAACUAUUCAUGCCGCUACGCCUUCCUUUCAUUUUCUCAACUCUUCCAGCUGCUCCGAUGCUUUGGAUUCCUCUUCACUCUUUCAUGUGCCUUCGUACUACAACAAAAGGAAAAGGCCCAUAGAUCAUCAUCAUCAUCAUCAAAGUAAUGAUCAUAAUUCCAGAGACCGCCGGCAUAAGCGCAUGAUCAAGAAUAGAGAGUCAGCUGCUCGCUCCAGAGCCCGAAAGCAGGCUUAUACAACUGAGUUGGAACUUGAACUUGCCCAUUUACAGAAGGAGAAUGCUAGGCUCAAAACACAGCAGGCAAAGGUCAGUUGAGUAUAUUU